AUGGGAGGAGACAGUGCAAUUUGCUUAGAUUGGGAGUUCACAUCAUCUCCGAAUAAGGCUCGAACUGUCGUUUUAGUUGGAAAAACCGGUAACGGAAAAAGCUCAACAGGGAACACUUUAUUGGGGAGAAAGGCAUUUUAUUCCAAGACUAGCUCAGGCAGUGUUACUGCCACAUGUGAGCUUCAGAGAACCAGGCUCGAAAAUCGGUCUCUACUUAAUGUUAUCGACACACCUGGGUUGUUUGAUUUUUCGGGUGGAGAAGAUCAAGUUGGGAAGGAAAUCGUCAAGUGCAUUGACAUGGCGAAUAAUGGUAUCCAUGCUGUCCUGUUUGUCCUGUCCGUCAGGUCGCGUUUUUCACGAGAGGAGAAAGCUGCUAUCGAGAGCAUGAUUGAAAUCUUCGGUGAGAAAAUUACCAAUUACAUGAUUUUAAUUUUUACCGGUGGUGAUGACCUGGAGGAGAAUGAAGAGACUCUCGAUGAUUACUUGGGUCGUGAUUGUCCCGAUCCUUUGAAGGAAAUUAUCGAAAAAUGUGGACAUAGGUGCAUUUUAUUUGAUAACCGGACCAAAGAUCCGAAUAAGAGGCUCGAACAAGUUGAGAAACUUAUUGCUCUAGUUGAUGAAGUUGUGAAGUACAAUGGAAAAAAACCGUAUACAAACAAACUUUUUCAACUGCAGGCGACACAAAAACUGCGUGUGCAAGAAGCUGCUGAAGGCUCAUCCAAAUUUCAGGAGCAAAUUAAGAGAUAUGAAAAACAGAUUAAGAAAAUGGCUGAUAUGAUCGAGUCGAAACUCAGAAAGGCGACUGAAAAGCUUGUGCAGCAACUGGCUGAGGAGCAAAAGGCUCGGCUCAAGGCAGAAGAAGAGGCCAAAGCCUCUCGCGAUCAUUUGAAUGAAGAAAUCCGUAAAAUGAAGUUUGAUUUGCACAAUGCUGAAAGAGAAAUAGCUGACAAGAUAGAAGCAGCAAAAUUUCGAUGCAUUAUUAUGUGA